UGAUCCUAGGUGACCCAUGACCGCAGAUGAUCAGAUUCAGAGCAGCGUACUCACGGCAUAUAUUGGGUGUACGUCAGGCUUGCUGUAAGUUAAUGGGUAAUGCCUGUGAUCACACACAGGCUGAUCUGUUAUCAUCCAAAGAAGCGAAGUUUGUGCAAGAUCAAAUAAAAGAAAACUGCGUUGUUGUAUUCUCAAAAUCAACGUGUUCCUAUUGUCGCGACGCAAAAGGACGAUUGGAAAAGCUGAAUGUUCCAUUCAGCAGAAUUGAGCUAAAUCAGCGGGCAGAUGGAGGCACCAUACAGAAUGUGCUACACACUAUGACAGGAACACGAACGGUUCCAAGAGUGUUUAUCAAUGGAGUAUGUGUGGGAGGUGCGGAUGAGCUAAGGAGUCUUGAGAAAGCAGGCAAACUUCAGGAUAUGGCUGCAGUAUGUUCAGGGCUAUAAUACGCCACAAGAAUAUAACUAGUCAUAGUAUGUUUACGACUUGCAAAGUGUGUCACCCAAUGUAUGUAAUGAGUAAAUGUAUUAUGUAAAAACGAGAUUAGCAUUUAUGUAAGGUGUCUGAAAUGUCUUAUUUAUAAUAAGUAUUUUAAUAUUACCAAUGAAUGCACAAUAUACAUUAAUAACAAUACAGUUUUUAUGUGUAGAGACAUUAGGGCUGCUGUUUAUUCAAGAUAAUUAAAAUAAAAAAUUUAAUAUUACAUAACAA